AUGAGUAGUUCUGGGGUUGUUUUCAGUUAUUUUGACCCUUUUGCUGUGUUCGAUAGCGUUAAGAAUGAGUUUUUACAGGUUUUCCCGUUUAAAAACAUUCAUUGGAAGACUUCAAGUGGAUUAGUAAGGACUAUUGAGAAUUUACAAGUUAGGUUGGCGUCUGAGGAUGGUGAAUCGAAUGGUGAGGAUCCGUUUAUUAAGUUUUUGGUUGUUACUUGUAAGUCUGUCGAUGAUUAUAGGAGUAGAGUACGUCCAUUGAUUAGGCAAUGGUUACCAACUUUACAAGAGAGAGAUGCAGCUCAAUCCAUGUCAAUGCCUGUUUUAUUGCUAUAUGCUAACUCUGAAGUUGUGGAUUCGAACUUGUUCAAGUCUAUUUCGUUGAUGGAUAAGUUUUCUAAGGAUUUCCCAGAUGUGAAAACUAUGGAGAUACGAUCUGUUUAUAAAUCACCACAGGAGAAGAAUGAGUUUUGGAGUCAAUUAAGUAAUCAAUUGAAGUCUUCGAUUUUGGCUAUUUUCCAAAAGAGAUUGGAGAAAUAUUUGCAUCAGAUGGACGUAAUAACUGCUGAUUCUAAUAGUAAAUUCGAGGAUCAAUUGUUGAUGAGAGAAAAGAUACUGAACCUAUACUUGGACUUCAAAAUAGAUGAAGAGGCAACCUCUAGUCUAGAUAAGCUGAAACUUGAUGUUCAGAGUAAUAAUAAAAAUAUAGAAAUCCCAAUAGGUUCAUUGGAGGUUCCAUUUAAAUAUUCAGACAACGUUCAUGAUUUAUCUGUGGCACAGAUGUUCAGAGAUAAUACAACUAGUACUUUCCUGUUGUAUAAAUACUUUUUUUACAGGAAAUUUGAAUUAAUUAAAUUGAAAUCAACUAAAAAUCAGCAAUGUAUUAGGAUGUUUUCACUGGCUCGACUAUUUUUGAAAACUAUCAACAAGUUAUUCAAAGAUUCUCCAAAUUUAUUGGAAUUUCAAUAUAGCUUUAUCGACUUGAUGUUGGAAAGGUUACCUGAAGGAGAAUUAUCAGAUUCAAAUAUAUCGUUGGAGAUCAAGGCAGAAUUCUUACUUUUACAACGUGAUGUUUGGUUACAUGGUGUUUUCUUAACAACUGGUUAUAAAAUCUUACGUAAAGAUUAUAAAACAGAACCAGUAUAUAAGUUCGAUAUUGUUAAAAAAUCGUAUAAAGAUGAGUUGACCUUCCAAGAAAAUUUCUUAAAGAGAACAAAAGAAAUCUUGUCUUUAUUUAAUAAAGCUGAUGGGAAUAGGAAAAGAAUUGUCGAUAUUUUAUCUAUAGAGGUUGGUACUCUAUAUUAUCAGAUGGAGCAAUACGAGAAAGCAGUUUCCAUUUUUAUAUCGAGUUAUGAAUAUUAUACACAAUCAAAGUGGGAUUCUAUAGGACUUUACAUUUUACAAAUAUUUGUUUUGUCACUGAGCAAAUGCCCAAAUCUAACUACUCUUCAAAUAGAUGGAGAUGAUAUAGAAAUAGCAUCAUUAAUUGCUAAUUCCAAUUUAGAGAUUCUAAAAUUAUUAUCUGACGAUAAAGAGAAGUUAGAAAAAUGGAAUUCGUUUUUAGAAUUACAAGACAAUAUUAAAGUUCCGCUGUUACAUUCCGUCGAUGGCUUACUACAUAUCAAUGUCCCUAAAACUUCUUAUAUUUCAAAACCAAAUACAUAUGCCAUCAAGCUAGAAGUUAAUAAUUUUGGGAUACCUAGUACCAUAGAAGCCAAUUCAAUGAUUCUAAGUUUAAAAAAUUCAGAAGAUAAAUUUAUGAAGUUUACAGCUAAAGAUAUAAAGAUUGUUCCCGAUAAAAAUGAAAUUGUAUUGCAAAAUAAAGAUAUAUUUUAUGGAUCGUUCUAUCCAGUAAUGCUAGAAAUUGUUGUUAAAAAUUCCACUUUAGUGAAAGAGUUUACUAAUAAUGAUGAGUCAAAAUUAGAAAUCAUUAAACUUUAUCAACCAUCUAAUUUCUCAGUUGAAGUUCGUCAAUCACAUCAAUUUUCAUUAGAUGGUAAUUCGUUGGAUGUUGUGUACCAUAAUUUGAAAGCCGUAGAAACAUUCUCCGUUACGGUUGAUGUUAUUCCUAACUCUGGAAAGUAUCCAGUAAGUUUAUCUGCUACUUCAAAUUUGUAUUCAAUAUCGUUUGACAAUAAUACAAAAAUGGAUAACAUACCGUAUCAAAUACUAGAUGGCAAUACGAAUUUCACUUUAAGGGUAUCUACUAAUUUCUGGAAAAAAAAUGAUGCUUCUUCAUACAGUGAUGUAACAAUAGUUAAGAUUGGAUGUUAUUUACCAGUUUCUGUGUCUGUUGAAGAUGUAUUUAAAAAAGAUAUGUUUUACUUUAAGUUUCAUUUGAAUUCUGCAAUUGAGAAAGAGCCAAUACUUUUAUGCAGCUCAAAACUUUCUCCUCCAAAAGAUGACGAUAAAUAUUCUGUUUCAGGUAAUUUUAACCCCAAGACUCCCCUAUGUUUAUCAUUUGACUCUAAUAAUAGUUGUUUAAACUGUUAUCAAAUUAAAUCAUCAGGAAUAUUUGAUUCAAAUGAUAUCUUUGAUUUGACGGUAAAGUUCAAUUCCUUAAAGGAGCAAUUAGACAUUUUAGUGACAGACGCAAUUUUAGUCCAAGGUGACGUUAAUUGGUAUGAAAAAUUUGAACAAUGGAAAAUAUUUUGGGAACAAGAUAUCCUUUCUCAAUUGUAUUAUAAUUAUAUGGAAUUUCAAAAGAAUAGAAAAAUUAUUUUAUUGCCAAACACAUUAGAUAUUCAAAAAUUUCAACAACGAUUAUUAAGUUUCGCUAUUGACGUAUCGGUUAUUCGCAGGAUAAUUACAUGUUUGAAAAGUAUUGAAAAGGGUGUCACACUGAAUAGCAUUGAUGUAACUGCAUAUACCAAAAACAUGAUUUCCAAACAACUAGUGGUCCCUGUUACACUCCCUGAAUUUGAAGAGUUUUUUUAUGUGGAAUUCUUCAAAGAAAGUAAAGAGACAUUAAAAAUAGGUGAAUCUGUUAAAUUUAAGAUACAGAUCAAGAAUCUGUGUCAUCAGUGGAGCCAAUGUGAGAGUCAAGGAAGCUUCUGCUUUGAAAUUACCAAUAGUAAUGAAUGGGUUGUUCAUGGUAGGAAAAAAUUAAGGUUUUCUACUCCAGAAGAGGAAAUAGAAGUUAGUAUCAUUCCUCUGAAGAAAGGUUACUUGACACUUCCAAAAAUAGAGAUCACCAAUUAUAAAGGUGAUCUCACUAGGAUUGAUAAUCCGAAUGCAUACGAAACGUUUCUAGUAUAUUAG